AUGGAUCGGACUCGAGGCAGUCAAGAGCAAGGUGUAACUGCGGCGGCGAAUUCUUUCCAGGGACUAGGCCGGAGCGCCAGGGGCAAGCCCCAACACCUGUCGACAGUUCAUCAUCCCCAGCACUAUAGCUACGUGCCCAGGAGCGAGUACGUCCAUGGCGGGGCCCUGGGCAUGAACUUGAGCGCGUUCCCCCGCGGCGGCUCCGCGGCAGGCUUGCAAUCCUCGACUCUCUUCGGCCUGGACGGCCUUCAGCGUCGGGCGCAAGGCUGGGGUAAGCUUGUCGACGGUCCUCGGUGGCCGGGUGACGGUUGUAGCGUGGACAGCGCUGUUUCUCUUGCACAGUCAUGUGGCGGUGGUGACGCCGGCGUGGGCGGUUGUGAGGGACUCUCGGACGGUCGCGUCGACGCUGAUAUCAAGUUGAAUACAGAGGAGGUUCAAAAGCAGGCUGGCUUACACGGAACAACUACAUCAACGCACAUCUCCCCGAUCGAGAACAACAUGAAGCAGACUCUAGUACAAGACUGCAAGGCCUCGGGGGACGGCCCUGACCAUCCCCAAGACCUGCCCCAAAACAACCCUACUUCGUCUUCCUUCUCAAAGAGGCCCCUACCGCAUCAACUGGAGAACGAGGACAAGAUGCCUGUCGGCGACCAGCUCUACGACGCCUACAAGGCCCAGGGCGGCGGCGGCGCGGACAUGCGUGACCUGCGCGUUGAGCAUGAUGACAAGUCAACUUCAUCUGCCAGCAAUGACUUCGUCUUUGACGCCUUCAUGACCAAGGGCGGUUCGGGUAUCCGUGAGCUUCACCCCCAGCAUGAUAACUCGAUCACCAACAACGACCUCCGCCACGACGCCUUCAUGACCAAGAGCGGUGCGAACAUGCGCGAGCCGCGCGCUGAGCAUGACAAGUCAGCUGUCACUGGCGACCAGCUCCACAGCUCUUUCAGGGCCCAGGGUGGCGCGGGCAUGCGUGACCUGCACACCGAGCAUGGCAAGUCAACUACCACUGGCAACCUCCACCAUGAUGCCUUCAAGGUCAAGGGCGGCGUGGGCAUGCGUGAGCCGCGCGCCGAGCAUGAUAAGCCAACUGCCGGCAAUGAGCUCGUCUACGAUGCCUUCAAGGCCAAGGGCGGCACGGGUAUUCGCGAGCUUAACGCCAAGCAUGAGAAGUCGACCGCCAGCGGCGACGACGACAUCUACAAUGCCAACGACGAUGAUGAGGAGCCCACCUUUGGCAUCCAGACCGAGCGCCGUCACGUCAAGCAGGUCUUCCGCAACAACAAGGGCGACUACUACCUCGAUCGCGGCCACGGUCGCUGCACCAAGCUCAUCCCGGCCGACAUGCUUCCGCCUCUGGUUGAUGUCCCUGCCAUUCAGGUAGCCAGCUCUGACAUGACCAUCCUCCCUGUUCCGCCUGCCGCUGGACGCACUGGACGCUCUGUCUACCUUCACCCUGUCGAGACUGCCGCUCCUCUCGUUGCUUCGACUAUUGUCAAGGCCACCCCUGCUGCUAAAGAUCAUGACUCCUCCACCUCUUCGUCUCCCGGCUCGCCCGACAAUGUUCAGUCUCGCAUCGACGACAUUGUGGCCAGCCAGCCAGAGACCAAAAAGAAGAAGGUCAAGGUCUUUUGCGACAAAUGGGUGCACGACGGCGUGUGUGCCUUCACCCAGCAGGGGUGCAGGUACAAACACGAAAUGCCCUACGACAGGGCCACGCAGGUCUCUCUGGGCCUGUUCCAGGGCUUCCCGUCGUGGUGGCGCCGCCACCAGGCGGAGCUGCAGCAGAUCGCCUCGCCGCCGCAGGGUGCAGGCGCCAUCAUGGGCGCCCAGGAGGUCGUCGUCGGUGGCGGCGGCAGCGAGCAGACGCUCGUCAUGGGCAGCCGCGCCCUCGGCGGCGUGAGGGACUUCGUGUCGCCUCCUCCCCACGCGGGCGCGCACGUGGCCCAGUACGGCCAGAUGGUGACCGUGGCCGCCCCCGCCGACCGCCAGCAGCUGGUCCGCGAGAUGCCCUGGCGCCGCCAGGUCGAGGCCGCCCCCGUCCCGCCCCGCGCCGCCCAGGCCCCCAUCGGCCACAUCGGCCACAUCGGCCGCGACGCCGUCGGCUUCCCUGCCUUCCCGGCCCCGGCCCCGGCCCACUAUUAUUAUAAACCAGAAGCAGACAUUGCUGGUCGUGAAAGCAGCAGCAGCAGCGGCCCCGGCGCCCACUGGGGCGCCGUGGGCUCGCCUGUCCCCCACGCCGCCGAAGUGACCUCUGGUCGUGCCCGUGCCCGUGCCCGUAGCCAGCAGACGCCCGAGCACCGCGGCCGCCUCGCAACCCCCAACAUGUUCGGCGCCCUGCAGUCUUCGCCCGAGUCCUCGGGCAGCACCGACUCCAGCCGCGGCCUCGGCAGCGGCGCCAAGCUGACCAGCCCCAACGAGGGGAACUAG